GUUGACAACGGGAACGCAGGCUUGUUUUUGUAUUAAACGGUUUUUAUUCAAAAUAAACGUGAAAAUCACCAGAUUUUUGUUGUAUUUCCUUAAAUAACUGUUUUGUGGUGUUCUUAAUAUUUGUAACUAGUGUAAUAUCUUAAAAUAUGCAGAAAACAAGGAAGAAAAAGGGCGAAGAAGAGCCGAUGGAAAUAGACGAAACAUCAGCUACGGAACAAAACGGCGGGACGCACAAUGCUGACCAGGAUUGUCUUAUAAAUGGUGAUAUUGACCAUAUUUCUGAUGACGAGGAGGGUGGAGUGCGUAUCGGGGACAUUUACAUACCGCCUGCUCCCAAGCCCGCUCUUACAUUUGAUACGACAGGCCCACGGUUGUUGAUAACCCAUAUUGUCAACGAGAACUUCAAAAGCUAUGCCGGCGUUCAAACUUUGGGACCAUUUCAUAAGAGUUUCACAGCUAUAAUUGGCCCAAAUGGCAGUGGUAAGAGCAACGUCAUUGACUCAAUGCUGUUUGUGUUCGGCUACCGAGCAACUAAGAUCCGGUCAAAGAAGAUAUCAGUCCUGAUCCAUUCAUCUAGCAAGUUCCCCAAUAUUACAAGUGCAAGUGUUGCUGUACAUUUCUGUCAAAUAGUCGAUGGGGAGGGCGAAGAGUUCACAGUGGUCCCCAACAGUGAAAUAGUGGUGUCCAGGACAGCAUUCAAGGAUAAUUCCUCGUUCUACACGUUGAAUGGACGACGGGUUCAGUUCAAAGAAGUGGCAAAAAUGUUGCGCUCCCAUGGAAUAGACUUAGAUCACAAUAGGUUUUUAAUUUUGCAGGGUGAAGUAGAACAAAUAGCUAUGAUGAAGCCUAAAGGCCAAUCAGAACAUGAAUCUGGCAUGCUUGAAUAUUUAGAGGAUAUUAUUGGUACAUCAAGAUACAAGGAACCUAUAGAAAAGCUCUCGAUAAAAGUGGAAGAGUUGAGCGAAAUGCGCAAAGAGAAGUUGAAUAGAGUCCGGUUGGUGGAACAGGAGAAGCAAAAGUUGGAACAACCAAUGAGGGAGGCUGCUGAACUGAUGAGCCUCACUAACGUGACCCUGCGGACGAGGAACAUGCUCCUACAAAAGUAUAUCCACGAAACCCACAAAAUAGUGGAAGGGAAGGAGAAAGAAAUGGUAGAGUUAAAGGAAAACCUCGGCAAAAUUGACGAAAAGUUGAACACCAUCAAAGAAGAGCUGCAAGAGAAAACAAGUGUAUUGAAAGCGGGUUCUAAAAAAUACGAAGACCUUCAAAAGAAGAAAGAAGAAGUAACAGGGAAGCUACAGGGAUGCAAGAAGAAGACAGUCUCGACUCAAGCUGAUAUCACACAGGGGAACAAGAAAAAGAAGAAUUUGGAGCAACUUCUAGAACAAGAGAAGAAUAAACUAAUUGAUUUGGAAUUGAUCCCGGAGAAGAACACAAGAGAAAUAGAAGAAUGUGAGAGAUUAUUGACUCGUCACACGGAGAAUAAGAGACAAGCAGAGGAAGAACUGCAGACUGUUAUGGCUGGCGUCAGAUCUCAAACGCAAGACCUUCAGGAGCAGAAAGACAGGCACCAGGCGAGACUAAUAGACCUGAAGAAGGUAGUGGAUGAAGCUACCAAGAAUUACAAGCUAGCUGAAUCAGAACUGAAGAUAUAUCUAAGUACGGAGACUAUUGAGAGCGAGAAGUUGCAGAAAAUGAAAGAGGCCUACGAAAAAGCUGCUAAAGAUUUGAAGGAUAAAACGAACCAACAAAAUUCAUUGGAAUCCGUGGUACCGCAGAACGAAAGAGAAUUGAGUGAACUUCAGUCGAAAUGUCAAGAACUGAAGCAGGAAGAAGGGAAUGUUGCGAAAGAAGCCAGAAAAGUGAAAGCACAGCUAGAAGAGUCGAGGCAAGCAAUGAGUGCGAACAGAUCUCGCGGGAGAGUGUUGGACGCUCUAAUGAAGGAGAAGAGAGAUGGACGGAUACCUGGCAUUUAUGGGAGGCUGGGCGACCUCGGAGGUAUAGACAGCAAAUACGAUGUGGCGAUAUCGACGUGUUGCGGCGCCCUAGACAAUAUAGUAGUAGACACCGUGGAGACGGCGCAGGCCUGCGUGGCGCACCUCAAGGCCCACGACAUCGGCCGCGCCACCUUCAUUGCUCUCGACAAGCAAGAACAUCUGAAGCAGCAGUAUGAGAGGAAGGUUCAAUACCCAGGAAACGUUCCUCGUCUGUUCGACCUAGUGAAAGUGAAGGACGAUAGGGUGUUGCCAGCGUUCUACUUCGCAUUGAGGGAUACCCUAGUUGCCACAGAUUUGGACGAGGCGUCGCGUAUCGCGUAUGGAGCCACUAGGUAUAGGGUGGUCACACUGAAAGGAGAUGUCAUUGAAAUUGCUGGUACAAUGUCUGGUGGUGGCAGGACGACGAUGCGCGGUCGUAUGUCGUCUUCUGUACAACAGGACACCAGCGAACAAGACCCCCGGGUCCUGCAGGCCAAUGAGAAGAAGCUACAGGACUUGGAGCAGAGGCUAACAGACAUCCGCGGCCAACAAGGGUCGUUAGAAGACUCGAUAGUAUCACUGCAGCGGAGUACACGCGAAGGGAAAACUACGCUUCAUAAACUUAACGUGGAACUAAGGAGCUUGACUGAACAAGUACCAGUUUUAAAGAAUCAAAUCAAACAACAAGAAGGUAAAGUCUCGUCGUGCAAGGUGGACCCGAAACAGAAGAAAAGGCUGGAAGAUGCGCUCAGGGCCGCUGAGGAGAAACUUGAUGAGGCGAAACAAGCUGCAGGAGAGGUAGAGGAACAAGUGCAAGAAGUGGACGUCCAAAUCACAGCAGUUGCCGGCGGUAAGGUCAAGGACCUCCAGAAGGGGGUCGAUGACCUCGCCAAGAAGAUCGUCAAGAUAUCCAAUGAAAUCACCAAACUGAAAGUCGCUAUCAACACUAGUUUGAGAAACUCCAAGAAGUCGAAAGACAAGAUAACCCAAAUGGAAACGGACUUAAAAGAAACAGAGAAGAAUAUGGAGAGACUGAACAAUGAGAAGAAACAGCUUGUCUUGGACACACAGCAGUUCACAAAAGAGUUGGAAGACCUCGAUGAAAAGAUCUCCGAAGGGUCAGGCGAAUUCUCGGAGCUGAAGCAAGAGAUAUCCAAACUGCAAAGCAAGGAGAAUAAAAUCAAAAGCGAGCGCCUCGAGGCGAACAAUGCUGUUAGUAAAAUGGAGAAAACUAUACAGGAUUGUAAGAGCAAGUCGCCUAUGUGGGAGAAAGAGCUCACAACCCUGAAACUAGAAGACCCAGGGAUAGACGGCGUACCUGGCAUAGAAAGACCAACGCCUCUUGAGAAGCACACCGCUGAGGAACUAGAGGAGAUAUCCGUUGAUGAGCUUAGGAACCGACUGUCCGCGCAGAAGACUAGGAUUGGAGACGCUAAGCCGAAUUUACAAGCCAUAUUGGAUUACAAAGCGAAAGAGGAGUUGUACAUCAAACGCGCGGCGGAGUUGGACGAAAUAACGACGCGAAGGAACGAAAUGCGCGCCCUCUACGACCAACUUAAGAAGAAACGUACCACCGACUUCUUAUGUGGCUUCAACACAAUAACAACGAAGCUAAAAGAGAUGUAUCAAAUGAUAACAUUGGGAGGCGAUGCUGAAUUAGAGUUGGUCGACUCUUUGGAUCCGUUUACCGAGGGAAUCAUUUUCAGCGUCCGGCCUCCCAACAAGUCUUGGAAGAACAUAUCAAACCUCUCGGGCGGUGAGAAGACUCUCUCGUCUUUAGCGUUGGUGUUCGCGCUACAUUACUACAAACCUACCCCUCUCUAUGUGAUGGACGAAAUAGACGCAGCGUUGGAUUUCAAGAACGUGUCGAUCGUCGCCAAUUAUAUCAAGGAACGCACGAAAAACGCACAGUUCAUCAUAAUAUCGCUACGCUACAACAUGUUUGAGGUAUCCAACCGUCUAGUUGGUAUCUAUAAGACGGAGGACUGCACCAAAUCCGUUACUAUUGAAAAUAAGCUGCCGGAGCAACCUAAUAUGGAUAUUGAAGUUUGAAUUGAAUCUGAAGGGGCUGAUGUAGUAAUCACAUUGUUUUAAGU